AUGUUUCAUCCUUCAUCAGGGCGUAAUAAUUUCAAAGAUGUACCUGAGAAAUCAAACAAUGAUAAUAAGACCGAUAAAUCUUCAACAAAAAAUAUUCAAGAUCAAAAUUCAUCUGAAUCCCAACUUAAAACAGAUAUUGAGACAAAAACAAAAGAUGCGAUCAACAAUGCUGUAAAAUCUCAUUCAUCAGACGAUUCGAAGACUAUUAACAAGAACUAA